CAUUUCAGUCCAUCUGACAGCUGGCCCCUCCCCCGUGUCAGAGUGGGUACCUGAAGUUACGGAGCGGGAUCAUGGCGGGACGUCUUCUUCACCGAGCCUGGACAACAACACUGCGGCUCAGGAGCAGCGUGGCUGUCAGACCGAUACACCGAGCCGCUGCUCUGGCCUCAGAGAGAGGGAUACCAACAGAUGAUGAGCAGGCCACUGGACUGGAGCGACGCAUCUUGAUGGCCUUAAAAGUGGGAAAGGAUCCCUACAGUAUACUGAAGCCAAAAAACUACCCAGGCACCAAAGAAGACCCUCAGAUCGUGCCAUGCACUGGAAACAAGAGGCUGGUGGGCUGUAUUUGCGAGGAAGACAACACUGCGAUUGUGUGGUUCUGGGUUCACGAGGGAAUUCCCCAGCGCUGUCCUUCCUGUGGCACCCACUAUAAGCUGAUUCAGGAGGACUUGCCUCAUUGAAACUUAAAAUGCAGGGACAACACAGACCUGUCAAUAUUUGCCUUCUUCAUGGCCAUAUACUGCAAAAUGUGCAUAAAAUUUAACAUAUACAGUUGAUCAUUAAAAUAUAAAGCUGAAGUGAAUUGUCUGGAUAGAAAUCUGUACAAUUAUUGAUAUUUCAUAAUUCUCUUUAAGAUUUUAUGCCUUUCCAAAGUCUAAGUUGGUACACUACACUGCAUUUAAAAGGUUAAUUGUUCUGAGGUACAAUUAUUCUUAAACAUAUUUCCCGUAUAACUUCCCUAAGUUAUAAUAAAUUAUCAAAUAUAAUCACCUGAAGUCAGUAUGUGAAAAUGCCUUAGAACAAUAUUUUAUCCCCAAAGUAACUUAUUUAUUACAAAAGCUUUGCUUUGUUUUUUUAUUUGUGGAUUGUUUACGGCUUACAGCCAAGAAAUCACACUGUAUCUAAAGCAAACACUUUGCAAUGCUCUCAAUCAAAUGUCACAAUAGAACCUAAAACAUAAAGAGAGUUAGUUUACAUUGUCUGGGCUCAAACAUCAAAUGUGGACACAACAUCAUGAACUCCUGUAAAAUACAGUCUGAGCAGUUACUACACAGUGGAGAUUAAAAUGUUUUUAUGUGUGUAUUAUUACUGAUUUAAAUCUGGUAAUUCUGAGGCCAGCGUUUGUAUUUCAUGUUUCUGAAAUAUUUGCGCAACAUUAAAAACAAAACAGAUGGA